GUUGUAAAAUCCAUAUAUCGCACGUACGGCGUAGCUGUGAGUUCAGUUCCUCUCGUCGUUCCAGUUCAGAAAAGCUUGGCCUCGCGCAAUUCCGUAUAAUGGAUGCAGAAAAGCUUGAGCACUGCAAAAUUCAGCCUUCACCAUGCUCAGAUGAUCAAGAGCUGUCUCUCUCUCUCCCAUUAACACAUUUCGACAUACCAUUUCUACUUUCCGAUCCAACGGUGAGGUUAAUCUUCUUCAAUUCUCCCACGUGCUCAAAAUCCCGUUUCGUGGAAACCAUUGUUCCACAACUUAAGAAAUCUCUCGCCACCACCCUCACACACUUCCUCCCUCUCGCCGGAAAAAUAAUCAUCCCCGGGGCCGGCACCACCCCUCUAAGCCGAUACGUCCCCGGGGACUCAGUUUCUCUGACAAUCGCUCAGUGCGACAAAGACUUCGAACAUCUCACGGGAAACCAUCAAAGAUCAGCCAACGAAUUCUACGCAUGCGUCCCUCACUUGCCACCCGCGCGCCGCAUGUCCGACGACUCCCUGGUGUUUUCUGUCUUGGCACUUCAAAUUACACUCUUUCCGGAGAAGGGAAUCUGCGUCGGUCUGUCAAAUUAUCAUGUUGUGGCGGACGAGAGCAGUAUUAUCAGUUUCUUGAAAAUAUGGGCCGUGGUAAACAAAUCAUCAUCAUCGAUUGAUCUAUUAACGAUCGCAGAUGUGCCUGAUUUUGAUAGAACCACUUUAGUAGUACGAGAUCCAGGCGGGAAAUUAGUUUCCAGGGCCAUGGAAAUCGUGAAGAAGAAUUCCAGGGGUAAUUCGGCUGUCGAGUUAUCAUCAACAACAACAUUUCCCAUUAAGACCAACAGAGUACGUGUCACUCUCGUGUUGACCGAUACGGUCAUCGAGAAAAUGAAGACGUACGUUUCGGUCAAUAGACCAAAUUUAUCUCACGUUUCGUCUUUCACGGUUAUAUGUGCUUAUAUCUGGAGUUGUUCCGUCAAAUCGGAGGCUGCUGUUGGAGAAAAGACCGACGAAAACGAGCCCGUCUGCUUCACCACCGCUGCAGAUUGCCGACCGCGUUUGGUUCCACCUUUGCCGGCAGCUUACUUUGGCAAUUGUGUAGUAUUUGUGAUUGCAGAAUCCAUGCAUGGAUUAUUGUUAAAGGGGAAUAAUGAGGGUUUCCUAAUUGCUGCAGAGUCCAUUGGAAAGGCUGUUAGGGAGACUUUGGACACUAGUGAUAAUGAUGGAAUACUUGAUAGUGCAGAUUGGCCGGUGGAUUUCGCGAGAUUUGACGGGAAACGGGUGAUGUCGGUGGCUGGUUCGCCGAGGUUCGAUGUGUACGAGGUUGAUUUCGGGUGGGGGGGAAGGGCGAAGAAGUAUGAAUUUGCUCAUCUUGAUACGGAGAAAUCGAUGUCGCUUUGCAAGUCGAGGGAAUUCGACGGAGGAUUUGAGAUUGGAUUGUCGAGGACCAAGCUCGAAAUGGAUGCCUUUCAAGCUUUUUUUCGCCAAGGCCUCGAAAUUAUUAUGAGAGUUUCCGCAUAA